CUGGGCCAAAAGUUAUUGGCCCAUUUUCCGCACUAGCUCCAAAUAGGGCUUUUCUGUAUGGAGCUAGGAUUAGGGUUUCAUUGUCCUGAGUAGCGUUGAGGUGUCCUUUUAGUUCCUCCGCCCCUAAACCUUACGUCACCGGUUCUUUUUUUUUUUUUUUUUGCCCCCUCUUCUUUCCGUCGGCAUGGCAACGACGACGAUCCGCGGUGAUCGUUACGUAGAACAAGAUGAAGAAACCGACAGACUUAGCAAUCUUUCCGACGACAUUCUGCAACACCUGCUCUCCUUUCUCGACGACACAAAAUUCACGGUUCAAACCAGCCUUCUCUCCCGACGAUGGAGACACUUGUGGAAAGACGUCCCUGCCCUCCACUUCCGCAGGAAUUCCUUUCAUACGGGGGAUCAAUUCCAAACGUUCCAGCGCAACGUCCUGUCCCUCCGCUCCGGUCGAACCGGCCACCGUGACCAGGUUUUACGAGUCUUGUCCUUCCGCCAAUGCUAUGGUGAAACUGACGAGAUCUACGGCAUGGUCGCGUCCGUCACUACACGUCACGAAUCUCUCGCCACUCUCCAGUUUUUCUGGUGCGCUUGGAUCGAUCUCGGGGGGAUCGCCGCAUGCCGGUUCGGCGCGGCGCUGACCACUUUGGAACUGCGUGGGUGCAGUCUGGUUUUCCGCGACGGCGACGAUCCUUUCGCCGACCUUCCCCUGUUGGAAUGCUUGAAGAUAAUCAGCUGCGUAUCGACCUCGCGGGCCGUGAAAGUAUCGGGGCUCCGGUUACUGAGCCUGCAGAUCGACAACGCCGACGGUUUCGGGAUCGGCGAAUUGUUGGCUCCAAGGCUCGAGUCGUUCUAUUUCUCGAGCUGCGUGAAUCGUUUGCUUGAACUCCGCCCGUUGAAUCUUCCUUCCCUUGGUCGCGCCAGUGUCCUCCUGAGGCUCAUGUGUGGGCUCUCGGACGAGCAGACUCGUGCGGUUAUGAGUUUACUGCGUGGUUUGUGUAACGCAAAGUCUCUCCACUUAUGUUUCGAAGAUAUGUUUCGGAGGUCGGAAAUCUCUUCCUUAAUUAACAUGAUAAAACCGAUGAUCGACGAGCAACUCUCUCAAUUUACGAGGCUGGAGACUUCGAGGAUUCGAUGUUCUUGACUCGGCUCUCUUGGCAGAAGUUCGAUAGAUUUAUGGCAAUGGCAUCAACCUUUAGUAGAUUGGAUAGUGGAGCAUUUUUUUUGUUUGUUUGUUUGGGAUAAGACAUUUUGAAACAAUAAAGGAAUACAUGAGCCUUUACAUAACAGAAAUACUCUAGAUUGGAUCAUAUUGAAUAAAAUGUGGUGCAUGAUUGUGUUUUGGUUAUUAUUUUUUCAGUCAUUUGUAUUACGAUCGUAUUUAACUCGAUUUAUGUCAUAUCAUAGAUCGCUCCUAACAAAAAGUUAGAUUGAAU